UGGACAGUGGACACCGUGACCACGCUGUGAUAUUUCUUAGCAGAACGCAUCAUCCUGAUUCGAUAUCUUGACUUUAAGCUUGAAACAUGGAAAUUGAUCCCUUGGCCGAUGGCCUUCCACCGCGUUACGCCAUCGAGUCUGAUGACGAGGACGAAUAUAACCCACUCACCACCCAACCAACUGAUCAGGGCCCAGUUAUAAACAUCAAAAUAGAGGGCCAAUUCACUCCGGGUUAUCCUCUUGUUAUCGCAUCAGAUCCUGCAGGAAACUUUUGGGCUGAUGGCGCAGACCUAGGGGAACAGCAUGGUGCAAUAUUUGUCAAUCAUAUUCAGGUAGGAUCGCUCUUUAAGCCCUCAUCAACCCGAGCAGUUGUACUUGUAUCCGAGGCUACUACGGCGUUGCCGUUAUGGUCGAUGAACAAAUAUGCGAAUCAUAUCCUAGAUCAUCUCCAGCCAUCCGCUAUUUCCAUCCUCGAUGUGUAUUCCGUACAAAGCUACAUUUCAUCAGAGCUAUUGCCUGUGCAUGAGGCGCCCGUUCGCUACCUAUCUCUACAGAACAUAUCCUUGGAUCCCUUCCAUAUGUUCGCUCCUCCAAAUAUUCUCCAGUCCACAUCGGCGGCAUUUAUGUCUGCGAUGAACAUACGCACUCUUUCUUCGUCGCGUCAAUAUAAUGCAGUGAUUUUACUCCUUCCAUCACCAGAAAUACCCCGCACCGCGCCAUCCAAGCUAUCGCCUAGUAGACUCUCACGUCCAUCAGGAGAUCAAGCAUGGCCUGUUGAGACGAUGGUGGAAGUAGACGAAAAACUGUUUGAGAUAGUUGGCGCAAAACGAUCCGGUACUUGGGCAUUCAGAAGCAUGUCAGGAGGGAGUGCAUUCAGUUUGUCAAAAAAGAGGCAGAAUCUCGCAGAGGUUGGUGAAGGCGGAAUGUACAUAUGACUGUUAAAAGUGCCAGCAGUAGCCAUUCAGCAUAGCUCGAAUGAAAAGGAAAGUGCCUUCGUGUCUUGGGUGCCGGGAAAAAGCAGAAAAAAAGCGCUGUGUUCACAAGGCACACCGAAUUCGAAGACAUGAGGCUAAACGAUAAACCAUUUUCAUUGGCUAACUACGCUACUGAUCAUCGGGCACUGCCUGCAGCUGAUGAUUAUGUAAUCCAACAAUGUAUAAG